AUGUUGUGCUUUCCUACGGCUGGCGCUGCGGCACUACCCGACGUGUGCCCUCCGUUGCGGCGGGCCGAGUCCACGGCGCUCUUCCUGGAGCUGCGGCGCGCCUACGAGACGCUCUCCGACCCGGUGCGGCGGGUGCGCUACUACGCCGACCUGAGGACAGUCGGGGAGCCGGCGAGGCCGGGCGUUGAGUUCAAGAGGGACGUGUGGGAGUCCCAGCUGUGCGUGCUACGGACGCGCUCCGAACGGCGCCAGAGGGAGAGGAGCGGCCGCGGGCGCCGGUCUGAUUGGGCGCGCGCAUGA